AAGCCAGUGACAUAAACAUCCGGUUUCGGACAUAGUGAAAGAAGAGAGUGAAUGUUGAUAGCUGUGUUUAUCAUUUGAUGACAAUGGCACAUUUACCGAAAACAUUCAAAGAACGAAGGACCCAUGACCAGAGAGUCCAGGAUGUUGAAGCCAUCAGAAACCAGCAUGUGGAUAAAAUUCCAGUGAUCAUCGAGCGCUACAAGAAUGAGAAGAACCUGCCGAUGCUGGACAAGACCAAGUUCCUCGUCCCAGACAAUGUGAACAUGAGUGAGCUGGUCAAAAUUAUCAGACGGCGUCUACAGCUGCAUCCCAGUCAGGCGUUUUACCUCCUCGUCAACGACCGCAGCAUGGUCAGCAACACCACUCCCAUCUCUGAGGUGUACCAGCGAGAGAAAGAUCAGGAUGGCUUCCUUUAUGUCGUCUACGCCUCACAGGAAACGUUCGGUUCCGCAUGAAACAUCUUGUUCAUACAGUUGUUCCAUGAAUAUUAAUUGUUGAGUCUAUAACUGCCUGUGACAGUGACCAUCGGGUCAACUCUUAGAGUGAUGUUCUGAAAUUAACCAAGCUGAUGUAGCAGAACUGAACUUCCUGAUAGCUUUGAUUGAUCAGCAAGAGGGAAAAUGUCGUGUUUUUCUGAUCACUUGAUUAGAAGAUUAAAAUUAGAAAAAGAAAUGUAAGUGACAGUCUGGUGAAAUAUACCAAAAACUUAAAGAAAGAUUUGUUUCAAUGCAAAGUUAAAAGUGACUUAGCUUAAUUUUUUUUUUUUUUUUUAAAUGGAAUUAGACAUGCCACGAGGUAAAAUGGUUGUCUUCAACAUGUUUUUUGGCUCACAUGUUUGAAAAUAUUUGGUUGAUUUAUCUAAAAAUAGAAUAUGAAAAACAAAAACAUGGUAUCAUUAUCAUCUUUGUUGUAUUGGCGUUGCCAUGGUUAUUGGUAUUAUUCAAUCAUACAA